CGUCGGUCGAUUCUCGUUAUUGAUUCGUCCUCAUAUGACUUCUGCAGCUCAAAGUAAAAAAGAAAGCGCCAAAUGUAGAAUUAUUCCUAGAUGCUGUGUGGAGCUGUUUGAAAGGGAUCGAGAUGUCCGUGAUGUGGUCAUCAGCAGACUCUUCAUGUCAAAAGUCUACGGCGGCAAUUCUCAGGAGACUUUCCCUCGGGUGGCCCAAAAAUUUCUGGGCGAGCACCACAUGGACGAUUUCAUGUACUUGAAUCUCGACAUGAAUCCUCACGCUCCCCAAGUGCCCGGAGUACCGGGACCUGCUUUUUGCCGCCAAUAGUUUGGUUGAGCCAGUAAACCAGUCAUGGCUCGAAAUCCAGAGAGUGUUUUCCCGGAUUAACAGUGGGCAGUGGGAAUACAUGGGGCAGUAUCAGAUGGAGUCGGUUGCUUCGCUGACAACGGAAGAAUGGAAUGAGCAGCGCAACACAGUGAGUACUAAUCCUACUAAUUGCGCGGUUGCAUCUAUUGACCCGGGAAUCAGGUUCG